AUGGGGUGCUCGGGCUCCAAAGUGACGGUUGCCACCUACAAUCUUUACUGGUGGUGCGUGUCCAACGAAUGGCACAAUUGCCAUCAGUUUGGUGGUGGUCAAGGUUUCAAGGAGCUGUACAAGACCAUCGCAGACAAUGCUCCUUUCGAUCUGGCAGGCUUCCAAGAGUGCGAUGAUGUGGAGCAGGUUCUGCAGGGAGCCAACCUCCAGGCCUUCGACUACUUCGCGCCUAAAGGAAGUGACGCCCCGAUGGUUUGGAGCACCGAGCGCUUUCAGAAGAUCGGGGGCCCGGGGAGUGAGUGGAUCGCCAAGGACAAGUGGGGUGACAGGCUCAUGAAUUGGGUGCGGCUGAGAGAGAAGGCUACGAACACGUCCAUCUUCUUUGCGAACACACAUGGCCCCUUGGACCAGUGCGGGGGCGAUGCAGGUUCCAAGGCUGCUACCAACUACCAAGCGGCCAUCGACAAGCACAAGCAGCUUGAGGAUAAAGUGGUUUUCACCGGCGACUUUAACUGUGGCAGUAUGGACGAGACGAUGAUGACGCUUGGGCAAGGCCUCUUCAAUGCCGCCACGGACCAGUCUUUCAACGGGGCCGACCAUGUAUUAGUGAGCCCGGGGGUCAAUCUGUGCGGAUACUCGAGUACAGAGGGCUUCCCCUCUGACCAUCAGUUCCUGAAGAUGCACCUCUCCCUGGAAAAUAGCACCUCCAACUCUGUCCCAGAGCCAGCGGCUCCAGUGGCAGCACCGGUCCCUCUCCUUACUCCUGCGUCCGAGACAAUUGCAGCGGAUGACAGCGUUCGUGCAUCUGGUUGCCCACUACCGGGAGCAAAUCCAUGCUGCACGAGCUGCCCUUCCAGCCACUUCUGCCCCUCAGACCAGGGAUGCUACUCAAUCGGGCAGAGCGGCUGUGACGGUGGCCUUUGCGCCCCUGACACGCCGAUCCUGCUGUGA